UCCACACACAAUUUUCCAAACGGAUGAGAACAGAUUUCUAAUUCCCUUAUAAACACUCCUCAGUCACACUUAAUUAUCUACUCUAGCUUCUCUUCAGUGAAUUGCCUGGUAGCGUGCAUGGCUGUGUUACGAAUAGUUGUCAUAUUAGUUUUCGCCAUCGUUUCUUUAAAUUCAAAAUGCAGCUUUUCUUCUUAUGAAAGGCCUCCUCCACGAACUUCUGUCUUCGUGUCACGAGACCAUAGCCUUGAUUCCACCUCCCCAGAACAGGUACACAUUUCUUUGGUUGAGAGUGAUAAAAUGAGAAUAUCAUGGAUUACAGAAGAUCCUAUACAACCAAUUGUAACAUAUGCCACUUCUCCCGGAUUAAGCAAUGCACAUUCAGCAACCGGGACUUCAUCUUCUUACAAAUUCAUAUCCUACAGCUCUGGCAACAUUCAUAAUGUUGUCAUUGGCCCAUUAAACGCCAACACAACAUACUACUACCUUUGUGGCCCAUCGAACUCCACCGUGUUUAGCUUCAAAACGCCUCCAUCUGAUUUUCCAAUCAAAUUUGGAGUUUCAGGUGAUCUUGGACAAACAGGAUGGACUCAAACAACACUUGAACACAUAUCAAAAUCAAACUAUGAUGUGUUCCUUCUACCAGGGGACUUAGCAUAUGCAGAUUAUGAUCAGCCAUUAUGGGAUUCUUUUGGUCGACUAGUGCAGCCACUAGCUAGCCAAAGACCAUGGAUGGUCACACAAGGGAAUCACGAAGUGGAGGAGCUUUCAGCAAACCAGACCUUCAUAUCAUACAAUGCGAGAUGGCGAAUGCCUUAUGACGAAAGUGCCUCUACCUCUAAUCUCUACUAUUCCUUUCAAGUUGCAGGUGUUCAUAUCAUAAUGUUAGGUUCGUAUACUGAUUUCAGUGUGGGAUCAGAACAAUACAAUUGGCUUAAAUCUGAUUUGAGUAAAGUUGACAAGAGCAUAACACCUUGGAUUGUUGCGGUCAUUCAUGCACCAUGGUACAAUUCUAAUUUUGCUCAUAGAGGCGAGGCUGCAUCCGUGGACAUGAAGGCUGCAAUGGAAGAUUUGCUUUACGGAGCUAAUGUUGACAUUGUGUUUGCAGGACAUGUACAUGCCUACGAGCGCUUUACCCAAGUUUACAUGGAUGAAGCAGACAAGUGCGGACCAGUGCAUAUAACCAUUGGAGACGGUGGAAACCACGAAGGCCUCGCUACCAAGUUUAUUGAUCCACAACCGACUGAGUCAUUAUUCAGAGAGGCUAGUUUCGGGCACGGGACACUGGAGGUGGUGAAUGCAAGUCAUGCACUGUGGACGUGGCAUCGAAAUGAUGACGAUGAAGCUGUUGUAGCUGAUCAACUCUGGUUACAGAGCCUUGUGUCUCAUUCUGCAGAGUGUCAGGCUUAAACUAAAUAUAUAAUUUGAUCAUUUCGAGCUUGAAAAUGUGAAUCUCAAGCAAAUCCAUAGUGUGGACUCUGUUUAUCUUGAGCUUAAUAAAUGUAAAACCACACAAUUCAAACGAAUGUGCUAGCUCAACAUUAUUAGUAGCUAAUACCCACUGCUCUUUAUCUUGUGUGGCCAAAUUGGAGGAAUUUUACUUGCAA